AUGAUUUCACUCUAUCGCAUGCUUUUCCCCAACGCGGAUCGGGAGCGUGAGUUUCUCAUGGAGCGUGCUGAGCAGGAGAAUCGCUUCUUGGAUCAAAGAAUAAUGGAAGAGGAAAUUAGGCGGCAGAACGAGGCAAAUCCAUCGGGUAUGGAUGAAGCUUUAACCAACCAGACGCGUCAAAUUACGCAGAAAUUGUCCGCUUUGGACAUCAACAAGGAUAGCCGCUGCUGUGCUAGAAAAGGAGUGAUCACUAGUUUGACCAGCAACAGCGGGGCCAUCGACAAAAACCUUUUCUUUGAUAGCAAGGCGGCAGAAGGCAUCUUUUUGGAGCUGAGCGUCGGCUCUGUCGUCGAAUAUCUGACCUUUCAGAAGGAGCACGAGGAGGACAUCCGGGUGGUCAAGGUGCAGCGCAUCGUGGAGCCGAGCUGGGAGGUCCCUAAUCAGAACCAGAUCGAUGAAGCUCUGGAUAAACUAAAAACCCAGAAAGCCAUCCAAUUCAACACGGAAAUGAGGAGCGUUUUAGGCCUGAUUUGCCAGCGCAUGGCUUCCUCCAUCGACGUGGAGACGGAGUAUGGGCAGCUCACCGUCGAACUGGACAACAUCGAAAUAAACUUCGUACCCCAAACUGGAGAUCGCGUGCGCCUGGAGUGCAACAUCCAGCUGGACGACGGAUACGUCGAUAAACAAGGGGAGAUUCUGCAGGUGACCAAGGUGUGUCCCACGCGCAUCGAAGAAGGUGAGAAGUGCACUGUGGAGCGCGUUUACACGGAUCUGCUGAUUCUGGGCCCGGAGGUCUAUGCCUUAAAAGCGGACGUGCCCACGGGAAUGGAUCCCCACUUGGGCGACUUUUUGCUCGCCGAUCUUAUCGAGUGUCAGUAUUCCAAAUUCACAAGGCGAGCCAUUAAGCUUGUUCCGCUGGAAAAGAACUUUGGAGCCACAAAGGUUCAACGCAGUGCAGGCUUGGGAUCCUCCAGCCGUGAUCAAGCGGUCUCAGUUACCGGGGUAAACCGCUUCAUCAGCACGGAGCUCUGGCAAAAGCAGAGUAUCUCGUUACAGCUGACCAACAACCUGAGUCGCCAGUUGCGUCUGGAAAGCGUCGUUGUCUCCAACGACAGUGAGUCUCAGUUGAGCUUGCUCGAACCUCUCGAGCCCCGGGACAUUGUUAGUGGCGGCAGCUUGACAAUGAUCUUCGAAAUUCAUACCCAGUUCAUGGGCGAAGCGACCGAGAACUUCGUCCUGAAGUUUGAUAGGUUCAAAGUGAAUCGGUCUUUCACAGUUAUCGUAUGCGAAACUAAAGAGGAAGCCGAAGAGGCCGAGAGGCGCUUGGUAGCCGCCGAAAGUCUUUUGGCUCCCGGACGCACGGUGCUUCAGAGAUCGAAGUUCUAUGCCAACCAAGUUUGGUGCAACCAAAGGGAUGUGGUGCCGGGGGAGUACAGUACCACCAAACGCAGAUUUGUUUCCCUGCGGUUGGGUUUUUUCGAGGUCCCCGAGAAGUUGCGGCGGAUCUAUUUAACCGUCGAACGGAAACAGGAAAUGUUGGACUCACUGCAGCAGAGUUAUCCCUGCGUCACGGAGUCUCUAAACGCUAGUAACUAUGUGCAGCGCAUGGGCUUGUAUCUCCACCUCGAGGAGAUAGAGUGCUUCGUGAGUUUCCGCAACUACGACAGAGACCGCGCGCACUUUCUCCGAGAUGGGGAGUAUCUGGCGCUGCAGAUCGAGAAUCUGGCCGAGCGUCGUCCCUCGCUGGUCAUUGGCGAUGUGGUGCGAGCCAUAAAUCCCUGGGUGGAGCCCAACUCUAAGGAUAACAAGUCGUACGAGGGCAUUAUCCACAAGGUACUCUUCAAUCGCGUGCUGCUCAAGUUCAACGCCAGUUUCCAGGGGAAGUACAAUGGCGAGGAUUACCGGCUGGAGUUUUACUUCUCGCGUUUUGGUUACCGCAAGCAGCACCAUGCCGUCUCGCGGAUAUUGAGCGUCAUGGGCGAGCAGUUCCUGUUUCCCAGCAAGGUGACCAAGCGCGAGAACCCCCAGUCGGAGGUCCGAAUGGAGGGCGAUGAUAUGUACCUGUAUGACUCGAAGCUGCCAUGGUACAACGAUUCGCUUAAUUGCAUCCAAAAGCGAGCUGUGUACAAUAUCCUGCGUGGGGAGGCGGAGGACCUUCCGUACGUGAUCUUUGGGCCACCGGGCACUGGAAAGACGGUAACCCUGGUGGAGACCAUCCUUCAGUUGGUGAGGAAUCUGCCAGGUGCUCGGAUCUUGGUGGGGACACCAUCAAACAGCGCGGCGGACUUGGUGACCAAGCGACUCAUCGAAUCCAAAGCUCUGCUCCAGGGAGACUUCAUUCGGCUUGUGUCGCACAAUCUAGUGGAGAGGGACCUGAUUCCGCCCGAACUAAUGAGCUAUUGUGCCACCAUUGAUCUCGCUGCUGCGGGCUCCUGCACUGACAGUAUGGUUACCACCGAAUCCGGACUGAAGCUCCGCUGCCAGAUGAAAUUCAUUGGCACCCACCGAAUCACCAUCUCGACGUGCGCCACUUUGGGUAACUUCCUGCAGAUGGGGUUCCCGCCAGGACAUUUUACCCACGCGCUGCUCGAUGAGGCGGGUCAGUGCACCGAACCGGAGACAAUGGUGCCCAUUGUAAUGCUCAGCAGGAAACGGUGCCAAGUGGUUUUGGCAGGUGAUCCUCGCCAGCUGCAGGCAAUUACGCUGAAUAGGCUUUCGAGCAAUACGUCACUCUGCAUGUCCUUUCUGGAACGGUUGCUCGAGCAUUCGCCGUAUCAAAAAGACCUUCAGAGGUUUCCAGAAAGCUCGGGCUACAAUCCCGUGGUGCUGACCAAGUUGUUGUACAACUACCGAGCACUGCCAUCCAUUAUGAGCGUUUACAGCAAGCUGUUCUACGACGACGAACUGAUCCCGAUGGUUUCUCAGAGCGAUUCAAGGGAAUCUCAGCUUCUCUCCAAGCUGCGAGUGGUUUUCGAGCCAGAAAAGGAUAUGCCCCAGGCACAUGGCACGUUCUUUUAUGGCAUCACUGGGGAGAACAGGCAGGAGAACGAUUCUCCUUCCUGGUUUAAUCCCCACGAGGUGAAGGAGGUGUUCCUCAUGACCAUCGCCCUGUAUCGCGCCAACGUGAGUCCGGAACAGAUCGGAAUACUCACGCCCUACAUGAAGCAGGUGAAGAUGCUGCGCAACAUGUUCAUUGGCACUGAUGUGGCCAUGCCAAGGAUUGGCAGCGUCGAGGAGUUUCAGGGACAGGAACGCGACAUAAUGCUGAUCUCCACGGUUCGAUCCUCGGAAUCGAUUCUUCGGAAUGACUCCAAGCUUUCCCUGGGCUUUGUACGCUCCAAAAAGCGAAUGAACGUGGCCAUUUCGCGAGCUCGAGCUAUGAUGAUUGUCUUCGGGAACCCCCAUCUUCUCGCCGUCGACGACUGCUGGCGCCAACUCAUCCUGUUUUGUGCCAACAACAACGCCUAUUUUGGUUGUGAGCUGCCAGAAUCUAUUCAAAAUCAAGAGGAAGAAGACCCAAUUCGGUUGGAAUCUUUUGUGCCUUGACGCAAUUGCCUAUUAGCCAAACGCCAACCAGACAUACUGUAUUCUCUGCAUUUACAAUUUAAGAAACUAAAGUUCCAAAUGAAUUGGAAAGCAAAUUUGAUUUUUUUGUGAAGUUUAUAAAUUUUAUUUUUUACUAAUUAAAUAAAGCCCCUAAAGCACAAUUUUACCAAAUAAA